UUGGUGGAGCGGCGGCGGCUGGAGCAGCGGCAGGAGGCGGCGAGAAGGACCCGGCGGCGGCGGAGCAGGAGGAGGGAAGGUGCCGGAGGCGUUCGCUCUCCGCGGGGACCGGAACGCGGCCUCUCACCCCCUCCCCCCGGCUCGCGCUGCCGCCCCGUAGUUGGCACCUCUGCCCCAGCCGACCCCGAGCGGUGGUGACGGAGGGAGAUGGCCCGGGCCCGCCGGCGCCAGUAACGGGGAGGUGCCGCGAGCCGCCGAGGGUGCGCUGAGACCUGGUGCCGGGGCUGCCCGCCGCCCGCCCGUCCGCCGACCGCGCGCCCGUCCGUCCGCCCGUCCGCCUCGCGGCCGCUCUCCCCCUCCCCGACACACACACACAGCCGGGCAUUGAUGGUAAUGUAUGCGAGGAAACAGCAGAGACUCAGUGAUGGCUGUCACGACCGGAGAGGGGACUCGCAGCCUUUCCAGGGGGGUGAUGUUUUACAGGCACUUAAGUAUUCUUCAAAGAGUCACCCCAGUAGUGGUGAUCACAGACAUGAAAAGAUGCGAGACGCCGCAGAUCCUUCACCACCAAACAAAAUGUUACGGAGAUCUAAUAGUCCUGAAAACAAAUACAGUGACAGCACAGGUCACAAUAAGGCCAAAAACGUGCAUACUCAAAGAGUUAGAGAAAGGGAAGGUGGGACCAGUUACUCUCCACAAGAAAAUUCACACAACCACAGUGCACUUCAUAGUUCAAAUUCACAUUCUUCUAAUCCAAGCAAUAAUCCAAGCAAAACUUCAGAUGCACCUUACGAUUCUGCAGAUGAUUGGUCUGAGCACAUUAGCUCAUCUGGAAAAAAAUACUACUACAAUUGUCGCACAGAAGUUUCACAGUGGGAGAAACCAAAAGAGUGGCUUGAAAGAGAACAGAGACAAAAAGAAGCAAAUAAGUUGGCAGUUAAUAGUUUCCCAAAAGACAGGGAUUACAGAAGAGAGGUGAUGCAAGCAACAGCCACUAGUGGGUUCACCAGUGGAAUGGAAGACAAGCAUUCCAGCGAUGCCAGUAGUUUGCUCCCACAGAAUAUUUUGUCUCAAACAAGCAGACACAAUGACAAAGACUACAGACUGCCAAGAGCAGAGACUCACAGUAGCUCUACGCCAGUACAGCACCCCAUCAAACCAGUGGUUCAUCCAACCGCUACCCCAAGCACUGUUCCUUCUAGUCCAUUUACGCUUCAGUCUGAUCACCAGCCAAAGAAAUCAUUUGAUGCUAAUGGAGCAUCUACUUUAUCCAAACUGCCUACACCCACAGCUUCUCUCCCUGCACAGAAAACAGAGAGAAAAGAAUCUGCUCCAGGAGACAAAUCAAUAUCACAUUCUUGCACAACUCCUUCCACAUCUUCAGCCUCUGGCCUGAACCCUACAUCUGCGCCUCCAACAUCUGCUUCAGCAGUACCUGUUUCUCCCGUUCCACAAUCAACAAUACCUCCAUUACUUCAGGACCCAAAUCUUUUUAGACAGUUGCUUCCUGCUUUGCAAGCCACGCUACAGCUUAAUAAUUCUAACGUGGACAUAUCCAAAAUAAAUGAAGUUCUUACAGCAGCUGUAACACAAGCUUCCCUGCAGUCUAUCAUCCACAAGUUUCUUACUGCUGGACCAUCUGCUUUCAACAUCACCUCGCUGAUUUCUCAAGCUGCCCAGCUUUCUACACAAGCCCAGCCAUCUAAUCAGUCGCCAAUGUCUCUGACGUCUGAUGCUUCAUCCCCAAGAUCCUAUGUGUCUCCAAGAAUAAGCACACCUCAAACUAAUACAGUCCCUAUGAAACCUUUGAUUAGUACUCCACCUGUUUCAUCCCAGCCAAAGGUUAGUACUCCAGUAGUUAAGCAAGGACCAGUGUCACAUUCGGCUACACAGCAGCCUGUAACUGCUGACAAGCAGCAGAGUCAUGAUCCUGUUUCUCCACGAAGUCUUCAGCGCUUAAGUAGCCAGAGAAGUCCCUCACCUGGUCCAAAUCAUACUUGUAGUAGUAAUGCAUCAACUGCAACUGUUGUACCACAGAAUGCAUCUGCUAGACCUGCGUGCUCAUUAACACCUACUCUAGCAGCGCACUUCAAUGAUAAUCUCAUAAAACAUGUUCAAGGGUGGCCUGCAGACCAUGCAGAGAAACAGGCAUCAAGAUUGCGUGAAGAAGCCCAUAAUAUGGGAAGUGUACACAUGUCAGAAAUAUGUACUGAGUUAAAAAAUUUGAGAUCAUUAGUUCGAGUAUGUGAAAUUCAAGCAACUUUGCGAGAGCAGAGGAUACUAUUUUUGAGACAACAAAUUAAGGAACUCGAAAAGCUAAAAAAUCAGAAUUCCUUCAUGGUUUGAAGAUGUGAAUAAUUGCACAUGAUCUCAUAGAGGAACUGUAAAUCUAUUGCCCAGUCAUAACAUUUGAGCUGCAUUUAAGUAGACUAUGGACUGUUAAACUGGGCAAAUGAAAUGACAAGGGGAUGGGGUCUGUGAGAGUCAAUUCAGGGGAAAGAUACAAGAUUGAUUUGUAAAACCCUUGAAAUGUAGAUUUCUUGUAGAUGUAUCUUCACGUUGUAAAUAUGUUUUGUAGAGUGAAGCCAUGGGAAGCCAUGUGUAACAGAGCUUAGACAUCUGAAACUAAUCAAUGCUGAGGUGGCUAAAUACCUAGCCUUUUACAUGGAAACCUGUCUGCAAAAUUAGCUUUUUUUAAAAAAAGAAAAAGAAAAAAUUUGGGGGGGGGGGUUAAUUUAUCAUUUAGAAAUCUUGCAUUUUCAAAAAUCCAGUGCAAGCGCCAGGUGAUCUGUGUCUGGGGAUACGAUUUUGAACCUUACGAGCAGUGUACAGAUAUCAUGAGACAACUGAUCAGCACUUGCAUCUGAUCAAGGGCAGUGCUGCUCCAUUUGUUUUGCAAAGAAAUGUUUUCAUUUCCUGUAUGUUCCAUUCCCUCUGAAGUCCCUUGGCCUGAUUUUAUCCAUUUUUUUUUAAGGUGUCCCCUUUCCUUUCUUGGGGCACUGUUGCUGUGGCACUUUUCUAUAACCUUGUCAUUCCUAUGUACAGUAGCUGGAAGUCGCAGUGAGCAAGCAUAACCCACGUUUGUAUAAAUUAUUGAAAUCCAUUUCCACUCACCCUGUAAGAAUGGACUUAAGAAGUGCAGCUGGGCAAGUGUGCUUAAAGUGCAUUGACUGCUCAGAUACAAGCAAGUGGCUCAAGGAACAUGGUGGUGGGAGGGGAGAGGAGAUACAAAGCUAGUCAGAUGUGAAUUGUAUCUGUUGUAAUAAACAUGUUUAAACAAA